AAAAACAAACAAGAAAUAGAAAAACCCUAAAACGCUUAUAAACUCAACGAAACAUCCACCGAAAGGAAAUCGUAGCGCCAAAUCUCUUCACUGCUGCUCUCUGCUCUGCCCAUAUUCACCGUCGAAGAAAUCAAAGGAAAGAAUGGCGUACGCAGCGAUGAAGCCAACUAAGCCUGGGUUGGAGGAGCCCCAGGAGCAAAUUCAUAAGAUCCGUAUCACUCUCUCCUCGAAGAAUGUAAAGAACCUCGAGAAAGUGUGUGCUGAUUUGGUUCGCGGUGCUAAAGAUAAGAGGCUCAGGGUCAAGGGACCAGUGAGAAUGCCAACUAAGGUUCUCCACAUCACUACUCGGAAGUCACCUUGUGGUGAAGGUACCAAUACGUGGGAUAGGUUUGAGCUCCGUGUACACAAGCGUGUGAUUGACCUGUUCAGCUCCCCAGAUGUGGUUAAGCAGAUAACCUCGAUCACUAUUGAACCUGGUGUUGAGGUAGAGGUUACCAUUGCCGAUUCUUAGUCUUGCCUCCGCUUGUCACAGAUGUAUUUGAUAGGGUAACUUGAAUUUCAACCAUCUCUGGGGAUUGUAACAAGGUUAUGGUAGUAGUUUUGCUAUUCAGUUUUGGAGGUGAAAGGGAGCUUUGUUAUUUGCUCGCUAGAACAAUUAAUCAUAUAAUGUUUCAAAUGCUCGGAUAUUUGAAAUGUAGCACUCUUUAAUAUCAAAAUGAUUAAUGUUUUAUUAGAUUUAUUGUUUUCAA